UGGGGGAAGGCCCCCCCCCCCGGCCAUGUCGCGCCUGCUGGCGGCGGUGAGGGGCUGGCGCGGCGUCGCAGUUUGCAAGUCAUGUGUUCUCCGGAGAUUCUCCAUCCAGCCAGCCCAGCAGAAGAAGAUUCCAAACCGAUAUUUGGGCCAGCCCAGCCCCUUUACACACCCACACCUACUUAAACCAGGGGAGGUAACCCCAGGCUUGUCACAGGUGGAAUAUUCUCUUCGCCGGCACAAACUGAUGACACUGAUCCAGAAGGAAGCCCAAGGUUGGGAAGGAUUGGACCACACAGUGAUUCUGCUGUCCAACCCCAUGUACUACAUGAGCAAUGACAUCCCCUACGUUUUCCACCAGGACACGAACUUCCUGUAUCUCUGUGGGUUCCAGGAACCUGACAGCAUCCUGGUGCUGCAGAGCCUUCCUGGCAAAGCGCUGCCCUCUCACAAGGCCAUGCUUUUUGUGCCCCGGAGAGAUCCGAGCCGAGAGCUGUGGGAUGGGCCCAGGUCAGGCACAGAUGGGGCCAUCGCUCUGACAGGAGUAGAUGAAGCUUACACUAUUGAGGAGUUCGGGCACUUGGUGGCCAAGCUGAAAGGUGAGUCAAACAAGGUGUGGUAUGAUGUGACUAAACCAGUGCAUAAAGAACUGCACGCUGACUAUAUGCAGCCCCUGGCUGAAAUAAAAGCUCGGAGCAAAAAUCACAUCCAAGGCAUCCGGCAUCUAGUGCAAAACCUUCGGCUGAUCAAAUCUCCUGCAGAGAUUGAAAGGAUGAAAAUAGCUGGACGAGUGACAUCAGAGGCUUUCAUAGAGACAAUGUUUGCCAGAAAAUCUCCAGUGGACGAAGCCUUUCUGUAUGCAAAGUUUGAAUUUGAGUGCCGAGCUCGUGGUGCUGACAUCUUGGCCUACCCCCCUGUUGUUGCUGGUGGCAAUAGAUCAAACACUUUGCACUAUGUGAAGAACAAUCAGCUCAUUAAGGAUGGUGAAAUGGUCUUGCUAGAUGGUGGGUGUGAGUUCUCCUGCUACGUAAGCGACAUCACACGAACCUGGCCCAUCAAUGGAAGGUUCACCAAACCUCAAGCAGAAUUGUACCAGGCUGUCUUGGACAUCCAGAAGUCCUGCCUGAGCCUCUGCUCCCCAGGUGUGAGUCUAGAAAAUAUCUACAGCCUCAUGCUGAGCCUUAUUGGACAGAAGCUGAAAGACUUGGGGAUCCUAAAGGGCAGCAUCACUGACAGCCACUUCUUUAAGGCUGUUCGAAGGUACUGCCCACACCAUGUGGGCCAUUACUUGGGCAUGGAUGUUCACGAUACCCCAGAUGUAUCCCGGUCUGUCCCACUCCGGCCAGGCAUGGUGAUAACCAUUGAACCAGGACUUUAUAUCCCUGAAGAUGAUGUGAGUGCCCCAGAGAGGUUUCGUGGCCUUGGUGUACGCAUUGAGGAUGAUGUUGUGAUAGCAGAUGAUUCACCUCUCAUCUUGUCUGCUGACUGUCCCAAGGAGAUCUACGAUAUCGAGCAGAUCUGUGGCCGCAGCUCAUGAUAUCCUCCUCAGGAGAUGCGUGCCUCCAGGGAUGCAGAUCCCUGUAACUGGCUGCACUUGUCAAAUGGUGGAGAGAGAGUUGAUGGCUGUUUCCAAAUCUGAGGCUGGGAAGCGGAAUGCAAAAGACUCUGGCACUGAGUGCUGAAAAGCAAAGCAACCUUUUCUAUGUGUAUUUUUCUUCUGAUUUGACUAGUGCUGAUGUUGAGCUAUUGCAGAACGUGGGGGUGGAUUCAUCCCUUUGUUGUGUGGGUCCAUCUGUUCUGAUGCCCUUCAGUAGAUGGACUUUGUGAGUGCUGCCAGUAGCACAGCUUCAGUCUGGUUCCUCUACAGAUGCAGUAGUGCAACUGUUGAGACCUGGGUCCUGUUGUUUACCCUUUUGCAGUAAUUACACAAUAGUCAGAAUUUAAAAGUGAGAUUCUGAAAAAUGCUGCUUUUGGAAAAUAAAAUCAUUUCAAGCA